AUGGCUGAUGCUAGUCCUAUUGGACUCGGGGCAUUGCUGAUUCAGGUAGACAAGCACGGCAAACAUCGAUUGAUCAGUUAUGCAUCUAAAUCCCUGACCAGUACGGAGAAACGGUAUUGUCACACGGAAAAAGAAGCUCUCGCUUUAGUUUGGGGUGUUGAGAAGUUCUACAUUUAUUUGUAUGGGAUCGAGUUUGAAAUUCUGACCGAUUGCAAAGCUCUCAUCUAUCUGUUUACACCGCGAUCACGACCUUGUGCCCGAAUCGAAAGAUGGGUGCUACGGCUGCAAGGAUUCGAUUACGUAGUAACGCACAUUCCAGGCGAUCAGAACCAAGCAGACGUGUUGUCGAGGCUGUCAACACUGCGACCAGUAGCUUUCGAUCAGCGAGAGGAAAUUAUGAUCACAGAGAUAACGGAUUACGCUGCAAACGCGGUGGCUGUUCCAUGGGGACAAAUGGUAGAAGUUUCCAAAGUGGAUGAGGAAAUCCAGCAGGUUUUGGAUCUUAUGGGACAAGAUAAACGUGACGAACUGCCAAUCGAAUUCCGGAUGUUCGCUAAUGAACUUUGCCAAGUAGGAGAUCUUUUAUUACGCGGAGAUCGUAUAGUUGUUCCACGAGCAUUACGAUCACGGGUUCUUCAAAUUGCGCAUGAGGGUCACCUGGGUUCCUCAAUGAUGAAAUCAACGUUGCGUUUAUCAGUAUGGUGGCCCAAGAUGGACAGAGAGGUAGAGAACUUUGUGAGGAAUUGCCGAGGAUGCAUAUUGGUAUCUGCACCAGACGUACCGGAACCUAUGACAAGGAAACAGCUGCCGGAUGGACCCUGGAAGGAAAUAGCUAUCGACUUUUUGGGACCACUGCCGGAAGGUCAAUGGCUUUUUGUAGUAGUUGACUAUUACAGCCGUUUCGUAGAAGUAGUAGAAAUGUGGGACAUUACAGCUUCUGAUACAAUCCGAGAACUAUCGACGAUGUUCGGUCGUUUCGGAGUUCCGAUCACAAUGAGAGCCGAUAAUGGACCCCAAUUGGGUAGCGAGUGUAAGGAGCUUAAAGCAUUCUGUAAGGAAUUCAACAUUGAGUUGGUUAAUACCAUACCGUACUGGCCGCAGGCAAACGGUGAGGUGGAACGUCAGAAUCGGAGUAUCUUAAAACGGUUGCGAAUAUCGCAGGAGCUGGGCAAAGAUUGGCGCCUUGAGUUGCGGAAAUAUCUGCUGGCAUACCAUUCUACAUCUCACCCGACCACUGGUAGGUCCCCGUCGGAAUUGCUGUUUGGACGUAGGAUCAGGAAUUAG